AUGGAAAUUCUUCGAACAAGUUUCCUUUUGCUGAGCAUCGGCGGUGCUUGGAAGCCCCGGGGUUGGCGAGGAGUCAAAGCUUUUCUUUACUACAUUUACCAAUACAGCAUUAUCUUUGCCAAUCAUAUCUUCAUUAUUUCGGGAAUGCUGGACCUCGAGUUCAAGAACAUCAAUACCCAUGUUCUGAUAGACAAUUUGACUUUGCUGAUGGCGAUGGUGAUUGGUCGCCAGAAAAUAGCUUGUUUUAUCAGCAAGCGAGAAGAUAUAAAGUCAAUUAUUGAUUCGUUUAAAAAAUCUCCUUUUAAACCUAUUAGCAGUGAAGAAGAAAUUAUCGCCAGGAGGUUCGACGGAAUUGCCAAAAGUAUCUUCAUAUCCUACACAGGAACAAUAAUUUGCGCAGCCACAUUGUUCUCAGGCUCUCGUGAGGGCGUAAUGGACCCUCCUUACCACCUGCCCUACUCAGGGUGGUUCCCGUAUAACUACACGAACCCUAAGAUCUACUGGGCAACAGCUGGGUUGCAAAUGUACGGGAUUUACAGCACCGCCGCUGUAGAUUUGGCUUUUGAUCCUUUAAUGUCGGCUGUUUUUUGCCACCUUUGUGCGCAAAUUCAUAUCUUAAAGCACCGUUUUGGGGUUAUGGUCACAAAAUUGGAAGAUAUUAGUCGGCUUAAGGACAAUAUGGCCGCUGAAGAGUGUCAGCUGACUGCUGAAUGGGUUGAAUAUCACAUAGAUGUCAUUACCUUGAUUAAAUUCAUGAACAAAAUAUUCUCCAGCAUAAUAUUCGUCCAGUACACUGUAAGCUCAGUCAUCUUGUGCACUCUGGCGUUUUUAAUGUCGCAUACAAAAGGACUGUCCAUGGAAUUUGUAGGUUAUUCUGGGUUUCUAACCACCAAAUGCUUUCAAGUGUUCCUCCCUUGCUUCUGCGCCGACAUGUUAACCUACGAACUGCUGAACAUAACCUCUGGAAUUUACGGAUCAAAUUGGUUUAAUCUCAGUAAUAGUCUUCGUAAAUCGGUGGUUAUUAUUAUGGCUAAAUGUCACAAGCCUAUUUUAAUUACCAGCAGUUUCUUCAUUGUUCUAAAUCUUGAAUCCUUUACUAAGAUUAUUAAAUUAGCAUACACAAUUUACAAUGUACUA